CAAUAGUUGGUCGGGUAGUGUUCUUGUAGUCAUUCUCACGGUUUAGAGUGAGAACAAAUAUCAGAAACAUGGUGCGUCAACUGCUUAUGUUCGCCUUGGUUGUGGUGGCUGUCUUCGCACUAGAGAAGAAACAAGACCCGCCAAUCUGUAACUAUUCGUGUGGUCCCGAUGACGACGGAACGUGGGACGGUGAUGGGGAAUGUGACGAUGGCGGGCCAGGUUCACAAUAUUUCGUGUGCGCCUACGGCAGUGAUUGCAGUGAUUGUGAUUUAGACCGCCUGGCAAGUGCAUGAACCAAUGUGGUGAUGCGAAUGAGUGGUCAGGAGACAGCGUUUGUGAUGAUGGUGGACCCAAAUCGUCAUACGAUAUUUGUGACUUCGGUGCCGACUGUAAAGACUGUGGAGCUAGACCUGAAGUUAUUCCCGGCAUAUGCACCAAUGAUUGUAGCUUUAGUAACGAUGGGGAAUGCGAUGAUGGCGCCCCAGGAUCGAGUUGGGACCUGUGUGACCUUGGUACGGAUUGCAAUGACUGUGGAGAAAGAUUUCCAGACAUAUGCGAAAAUGACUGUCGUGAUGCCGACGAUGGUUGGUGUGACGAUGGUGCCCCAGGCUCUGAUUUCGAUAUAUGUGAACUUGGUAGUGACUGCGGUGAUUGUGGACCGAGAACGCAUCCAGGAGCGGCGAGGCCGGGAUCUGUUACUAAGAAGAAGAACGAUAUUCUGAAGCAGAACAUUUUGGGGGAAAAGAUGCGUCAGGUUAAGAAAGACUUGAAGAAACCCGUGUCUAAAAAGACCAGACCUAAACCUUAGUGUGGAUGUGAUGGCUUCGAUCGGAUACCCAUGGUUACAACAGAGGUCUCAGAUUAAUUAAUUAGGACUGCAAUAUAAUAUAUUCAUGCAGUGAACUUGUUCUCUUAUUGAUAAACAUUAUAAACAAUAAAUAAUAGUUAUUUUACAGGCAUAAUCUCAAAAUGCCCUUGUUGUGUAUAUUAGAUGCGAAUAUGCUAUAGAUCAUCCGUUAAUACAUAUAUAAUUAAUAAA